GCUACGAUGAUAUAUGACCCUUCUACUAUGAUGACACCUACUACUGCUUGUUUACCUAAACCAUCAUCAACGGUUCCUUCUAGUCUUGAUGACACUACUGAUUUGAUAUCAGCUUAUUAUCGAACUACAACAAACUCAUCUUCUUUCGACACUUUUGGACGAGAACGACAGGAUUCAGUUGGUAGUGCUUCAUCUGACAAGAUAUAUUCCUUCGUUGCUAUUCCUGGUAUGAAUCAAAAGAAACGACCUAGGAGAAGAUAUGAUGAAAUUGAACGAUUAUAUCAUUGUACAUUCUCUGGAUGUAAAAAAUCAUACGGCACAUUGAAUCAUCUCAAUAGUCAUAUUCUAAUGCAAAAUCAUGGUCCUAAACGGCAUCCUGCUGAAUUCAAGGAAAUGCGAAAAGAAUGGAGACGACAAAAGAAACAGCGUGAAGCUCAAAAGAAAGAAGUAAAUCAACAAAUUCAACAACAACAACAACAACAAGAAAAAGAACAAGUACAACAACAGGCUCUUUUACAACCUUCAACUCUAAUGGCUUCUUUUCAACCUGGUGCACUUACUGGUUCAUAUUCUUUACAACCUAUGACCCUAUCUGGUUUUUAUUAGUCCCACCCCCAACCUUCACCCCUCCUUUUUUUUUUUAACACUCAUUCAUUUGUUUGUUUGUAUCUGUAUAGUUUUUUUUUUUCUUUUAUCUAUCAUGUUUAUUUUUUUUUCUCAUCCCUUUAGUCAACUUCCUCUCAUUGCAACAUAACCACACGUAUCGUCAUCUAUAUAUAAAUAUAUAUAUAUUAUUUUACUCUCGCUCACACACACACACACAAAAUCACAUACCAUCACACACACAAAUUAUUUGAAAAUGAAAUAAAGAAAAUAAAAAACA